GAGCCGGUUGUUUACAUUCGAAUGUCAGCGCAGUGUUUGUUUUGGGCCACUGCGCCGGGAUAUCCAAUCGGGAGCAAACCGUAUCCUAUUUGUGUCGUCUAGGAUGGUGAUCGCAAUUGGGUUCGAAGGUAGUGCUAACAAAAUUGGUGUCGGGAUCGUUCGCGAUGGGGACGUGUUGGCCAAUGAGCGUGAAACGUACAUCACUCCACCCGGUGAAGGAUUCUUGCCGAAAGAAACGGCGCAACAUCAUCGAUCACGUGUGCUAGACAUUCUGAAGCGUGCACUGGAUGUGUCGGGUAUAGCUCCGGCGGAGAUAGAUGUCGUUUGUUACACCAAAGGUCCCGGUAUGGCACCGCCCCUGCUAACGGUGGCCAUCGUUGCACGAACGAUUGCACAAAUCUGGAACAAACCCAUCCUCGGUGUUAAUCACUGCAUCGGCCACAUCGAAAUGGGACGGCUCAUAACGAAGGCUGUGAAUCCGACCGUGCUGUACGUGAGCGGUGGCAACACGCAGAUCAUCUCGUACGCCUGCAAACGGUACCGCAUUUUCGGAGAAACGAUCGACAUCGCGAUCGGCAACUGUCUCGAUCGCUUUGCGCGCAUCAUUCACCUUUCGAACGAUCCCAGUCCCGGGUACAACAUUGAGCAGAUGGCGAAAAGGGGCAAAAGCUACGUCCCACUGCCCUACUCGGUGAAGGGCAUGGACAUGAGCUUCUCGGGCAUACUGUCGUUUCUCGAGCAGAAGGCACGGCCGAAGGGCAAGCAAAGAAAGGCACAGAGCAAAGCGGAGUUGGAAAAAUGGUCCGAUGAGGAUCUGUGCUUUUCGCUACAGGAAACACUGUUCGCAAUGCUGGUCGAAACGACGGAACGUGCCAUGGCUCACACCGGUUCGUCGGAGGUGCUCAUAGUUGGCGGUGUUGGGUGUAACUUACGGCUGCAGGAAAUGAUGGGCAUUAUGUGUGAGGAGCGCGGCGCCAAACUGUUUGCGACCGAUGAACGGUUCUGCAUCGACAACGGUGUGAUGAUAGCGCACGCCGGUUGGGAAAUGUUCCGCAGCGGUACGCGCAUGGGCUGGAACGAUUCGACCAUCACGCAACGGUUCCGUACGGACGAGGUGGAAGUAACGUGGCGCGAUGAUUGAUGAAUGUUUUCGUUGCAAAUAAAUGCCUUAAAUGGGGCUUCGUUAGAGACUA